UGUGUCAGAAAACUAAAACCAAAACACACACACACGGUGCCGGGACUCCACACAAUCACCUCUGUUCUUCUUUACCUUGUUUUUUCUUCUUUUUUUGGGGAGUUUUUUGUACUGAAGCUGAGUUAUGGAUCCACUGGUUGCUGCUAUCGAUCAGGGCACGAGCUCGACGAGGUUUCUGGUGUUCAACGCUAAAACAUCCGAACUGAUCAGUCAUCAUCAAGUACAGAUCAACCAGAGUUUCCCAAAGGAGGGCUGGGUGGAAGAGGACCCUAAGGAGAUCAUGCAGUCUGUCUAUGAGUGCAUGGAGAGGACUUGUGAGAAACUGUGCCAGCUCAACAUCGACGUCUCCAACAUUAAAGCGGUGGGAGUGACCAAUCAGAGAGAGACCACCUUAGUCUGGGACAAAGAGAGAGAGCCGCUCUACAACGCUAUUGUUUGGUUGGACCUGCGCACACAGUCCACAGUGGAGAGGCUCAUCAACAAAACUCCUGGAAGAAACAAGAACCACCUCAAGCAUAAGACAGGCCUUCCCAUCAGCACCUACUUCAGCGCGGUGAAGCUGCGAUGGAUGCUGGACAACGUGGACGAGGUGCGACAGGCGGUGCUGAGCGAGAGAGCCAUGUUCGGCACGGUGGACUCCUGGAUCAUCUGGUGUCUGACGGGAGGCAAGAACGGAGGAGUCCACUGCACAGAUGUAUCAAACGCCAGUCGCACCAUGCUCUUCAACAUUCACACCCUGGACUGGGAUCCUGAACUCUGCAGGUACUUUGACGUCCCGAUGGAAAUUCUCCCUCAAGUCAGAAGCUCAUCUGAAAUAUACGGCUUUAUGAAAUGCAACUCUCUUGCAGGAGUUCCUAUCUCAGGGUGUCUUGGCGACCAGUCGGCUGCUCUGGUUGGUCAGAUGUGCUUCACAGAAGGCCAGGCCAAAAACACGUACGGGACCGGUUGCUUCUUGCUCAGAAAUACAGGGACCAAGCCUCUCGUGUCAGACCACGGCCUGCUGACCACCAUCGCAUACAAACUGGGGAAAGACGCGCCCGCUUCUUACGCUCUAGAGGGUUCAGUGGCGAUCGCUGGCGCAGUGGUGCGAUGGCUGAAAGACAACAUGGGCAUUGUGCAGUCGUCCUCAGAGAUCGAGAAACUCGCAGCUGCAGCAGGAACGUCUCACGGCUGUUACUUUGUGCCGGCUUUCUCUGGACUCUACGCCCCCUACUGGGAGCCCAGCGCCAGAGGCAUCAUCUGUGGACUCACACAGUUCACCAACAGGAACCACUUGGCUUUUGCUGCUCUGGAGGCCGUCUGCUUCCAGACCAGAGAGAUCCUGGACGCCAUGAACCAGGACAGCGGCAUCCCUCUGACUCAGCUGCAGGUGGACGGAGGCAUGACGUCCAACAGUUUACUGAUGCAGCUGCAGGCUGACAUCCUCUGCAUCCCCGUAGUGCGACCCGUCAUGUCAGAGACGACGGCUCUGGGUGCAGCCAUGGCAGCGGGGGCGGCAGAGGGGGUCGGUGUGUGGGACAUAACCGCCGAUCACCUCCCACACGUCACAUCUGUUAAAUAUGAGCCUCAGAUUCACUCUGAUGAGAGCGAGUUCCGCUUUGCUCGCUGGAAGAAAGCCGUCCAGAAGGCCAUGAACUGGGAAACCACAGAGCCUUGCUGCAAUGGAAACGAUCACCAGCAGUAACUUAACUGAAGUAUUAACACCUUCACUGGAAACCAGGAAGAAGAAACGUGGCUCACAGUGAAUCAACAAGACUUGACAGCUGCUCACAUGUUUGAGCUGAUAUGUAGCCUCGCUAGAAGAAGUAGUAACCCUCCACCCGACCCUCCGACCCUCCACCGAGACUCUGAUGACAUGACGGACAAGUUAAUCAUCUAAAAGUGAAGGAUCGUGGAGCCUAAAAGGGAAAAAUUAACCAUUAAAACUAUGAAUUUACCUUUUUUUCUUAAAGGUUAAUAACGUCUGAAGUGUCACACAGAUGAACCUCAUCACUGUAACAAAGCGGGAGGGGGGAGACUGUACUGUCUUUAUUUUUAUUUUUACUGUACAUACUGUUAACUUUUUCCUUCCGAACUUUUGAGAUGUAUGAAAUUGAAACAUGAAGACGCUGAAAACUGAUGUUAGAAAUGGUUACUGCUAAUUUUUUGAAGAGGGAGGAAGAGGAAGCGGUUUGUGUGAUUGGGAGUGAAAAAAAACUUUCUAAAAAAUGGGUCAAAAACAUUAAAAAAAAAAAAAAUAAGUUGAUUGCAGUACAAAAGCAGCAGAUAGUGUGCAGGCUCAUCACAGCACUUUAUAAUUUAUCCUGUGUAUGGAGACAUAUGAUUAUGAGAGCCUCACUUCUUUAUUUUUAUUUUAUUAUUUUAAAGGGAAUCGUUUCUUUUUAUGAAGGGAUUUUUUUUACACUAUUACAAAAGUCAGUGCUAAGACUAAUCAACUCUAGUACAAUCCAUACAGUAAACAAAGCAAUAAUAAUAAUAAUAGUAUACUUUGAAUGUAUGAAUGCAGUUUUAUAUAGUAACUUUUUAAAGUGACCUUUUAAGAUCCGAGCCAUCAAAACACAGUAAAAAUGAUUUUUGAAGCUAAUUUUAAUGCAAAAAUGAAGAUUUUUCCUCAUUUUUAAAUAUGAAUGUAUAGUUACUGUAUUCAAAUUUUGACUUUAGUAAUUUUACUGAAAAAAACCUGUGUUUAACUUUUAAUAUGUACAUAAUUUCUGCAGCCUGUUUGCUUUUUUUCUCUGAUUUUUGUUUGAGAUGCACAGCAAGAGUGGUUCAACUCUACUGGAAAUGUAAAGAACUGACUUGUAUAAUAAACACGAGUUCCUCACAUCA